GCUUUGCAGCAGAGCUUCAGAGUUUUCUCCCACUAGACCCCGUGGCCCAGGCUCUUUGCUCUCCCCUUGUCACCCCUGGCCUGACUCUGCUCACCACGAUGACAACCCUGGUCAUCGACAACGGGACAGGGCUAUGCAAGGCUGGUUUUGCGGGGGAUAAUGCUCCCCAACUGGUGGUGCCCACGGCCGUCGGCAUCCAGAUCUCCCCAAACAACUUGACGGCCUCCAGCCUGCAGAACAGGAACAUACUGACGGGACGGGAGACGUUCUCCCGGAGUCUCUUGGAGCCGGGCCCCUCCGUGGCCCUGACCUUCCCCGUUUCCCGCGGUGUGGUCACGGACUGGGAGGAGAUGGAGAGGCUCUGGGGUUACAUUUUCCAAAAGCUCCGUGUGAGGCCGAUGAAACACCCCGUGCUGCUCACCGAGGCCCCCAAGAACAGAGCCGCCAAUCGCGACAAGCUGUUGCAGAUCAUGUUUGAGACCUUCAACGUCCCGAGCACGUUUGUGGGCGUUCAGGGGCUGCUGGCACUCUACGCGUGUGGCCUGGUGACCGGUGUGGUGUUGGAGUCUGGGGCGGGCGCAACCCAUGUGGUGCCCGUCCACCAGGGCUUUGGCAUUCCACACGCCACCCUGAGCCAGGAGCUUGGGGGACAUGACCUUUCCCACUUCCUCAUGAAGAGACUGUUGGGUCCCAUGCACUCUUUCUGCAGCCUGGCCCAAAGGCAGGUAGUCCAGGACAUCAAGGAGGACCUGUGCUACGUCACCAGAGACUAUGAACUGGCCUUGCAAAACUCUGCCAGAGCUCCCUCCAUCAAGACCUACCCGCUCCCUGAUGGCCAUGUGAUCUCCGUUCCAGAAGAGGAACGGUUCAGUUGCCCCGAGGCUCUCUUUCAGCCCUUCCUCCUGGGGCAGCACUCUUGCGGCAUACACCAGAGCCUCUUCAAAGCUGUGGACCUGUGUGAUGCCCACCUGCGCGAUUCCCUCUUCUCCAACCUGGUAGUCUCUGGGGGCAACACCUGCUUCUGCGGCUUUCUGGAACGCAUGAAGAAAGAGAUGACCGCCCUGGCCCCACCGACCGCCAGAGUCCAGGUGGUUACCGCGCCGGGGGGAUGCUGCUCUACCUGGGUGGGUGGGUCCAUGCUGGCCACCCUGUCCACCUUCCAGAACAUGUGGGUGACCCGUGAGGACUAUGAUGAGAUGGGAUCAUUGGUGAUUCGGAAAAAGUCCCCUUGAAGGGCAAAUGUUGGUGACUGUCUUUGCCAGAUGGUGGCCCUGGAGAAGCUGGGGCCAAUGAGGGAGGUUUGUGUUUCUUCCUGGGGUGGGGUCUUGGGGCAAUGCCAGAGUCCAUCUGGGCUUCCCUUCUACCCCUGUAUG